GAAAAAACGUUAUUGCUACUCAACACUAGAUGGCAAAAAUUUAAAUUAGUAUUUUACUAUCACGGUUUUUGAACUUUUGUGAUAGAAUUUCUUGAAUGGGAACUCAAGUUUUGUACCUGCCUUUCUGGCGUUAUUAUUUAUUGUAAUAAUUUUACUUAUUCAAGGUUUACUUACGUCGCAUCAGCUGGUCUGAUUCGUUAUUUCUAUCGUGUUUGGUUUCGGCAAUUUAUUUCGAUUCCGAACGCAAAUUUUAUUUCAUUUGAUGGCUUUUUAGCUCCCGAGUCUCGUAUCUCUGAAGUGAACUGCGUAUUUGAUUGUGAGAACAUUGAUGGGUUUGCGUGCUGCUGAUAAAAAGAAGUGAGCUGACAUUUUCUAGCGCGGUUGGAUAUCAAUGCUCGUGCAUCUCCUCGUCAUUCUACUCGAGCUGCCUUCUAGUGCCCCUUAACCAUAUAUCAUAGGGAAGUAUCACUCACGCUUCAUCCGAACCGUGAUAGAACACCACCCCGAACUGUGAAACGAACAUAUAUCAAGCUAUGAUGUCCACUUCCAUCGUGGGCUCUGCCACGUCGGUAAUCGAGCUGCAGGAAGGCUUCAAGAACAAAAUAUCAACUAUUAAUGUAUGCGUUGGUCUCCUGAGCGCCGAUGACGACGAGCACCAGCGGCUGCUGCGGUCUGUGAAGCAGGAGCUCUAUAGCAUCACGCAGAACAUCUCCGCGCUGAGGUCGAGCGUUGCAGAAGGUCGCGAAAACCUGCAGCGCAUGAAGCAACUGCUGGUAGUGGUGCGCUCCUACAACGCUCAGCUCAAUCACAUGCGUCAGCAUCUGCCAGCUCAUCUGCCUCCAGCGGCCGGUCAGCAAGAGCGACCCAAGCCUUCGUUGCCGUCCGUCACUAACGCUGCUGCAUCCAAUGAGAUCAUCCAGUCCGCUCUUGUCAUCUCCGCCAAGGAUGGCGAGAGCGUCUCCUCCUGUCCCGCUCAGUUCGCCUACAUCACCGUCGAGGAGUUCGAUGAGGUUCCCAAGUACAUCAAGGGCAGGCUUCAGUACGGCCAGAUCAACCAAAUGGUGGACCAGAUGAACAAGGCGCUGGCGGCGAAGUACGCGUUACUCCGGCGACCUCGCAGCAAACUCUCCGUGUCUGAGAUGAAGCUCGUCAGCGCUCUCCGAUCACAGAGCAAUGAACAAACCAAGGGGCGCGUGUUCGUAUGCUGUGAUGAUCUCAAGCGUUGGAGUGACGUCAAGAUGGACUCGACUCAUCGGUCAAUGCUCACUGUCCUCCGGACCGCUCGCAAAUGCCAAGAAAUACGUGGCCCUGCUUCUCUUAUACGCUACGCCGUACCCGUUGAUACCAUCUGAGUUGCUUUCUGUACACUCAGAUCACACCCAAAAGUCGCAGUAUUCUCAUAGAAAAUAUCUUUUAAAUCUGUGGAACUAUUUUAGUGAAUGUCGUUUGAUUUUUAAAAUCUUCACCGAGAUCAGUUAAAUUUAUUAAAUUUUAAAUAAGCUUGUUAUACCGCUACUUUUGUAUGUAGCCAAUGACUUGUCGUUCCAUUAUGAAACCAUCUUCUGGUUGCUUUAAAACUCCGAACCUUAUAUUCACCAAAUGCUAUAUAUCUUGAAAGGAACACCUUUAAUAUAGAGCUUAUUUUAAAAUGCAGAAUAAAGGAAAGCCCAUUUUAUAACCAUUUACCCCUCAGUUUUUAAUUGAUUCGCUUAGGCCAUUAUUGGAAGUGUACUAGCCGUUUUACGCUUGUUGAACAACAGCAUAACGCAAAGGGAAAUGUUAUUAAACUUUUCGAUUUAAUUUGUACCAGAUAAUCAAUGCGUCACCAUAUUUGAUAUUGAAGUCUUUCAAUUUAUUUAACCUCGAUUUUUUUAUUAUCUUGGUUUCGAAAUUCGUCUUGCUCGACCUUAUGUUCAUAUGAUGAACUUGGGCUUCACCGAAUAAAACUGCUCUGUUAAGUGUAUGUUUCCAUGGUCGAUCGUUCGACUAGAAUGAAUUGUCAUAGAUCAUUCUAGCAUUUUUUUUUUGUAAUGGCUGUUUGUAUUUGUCCUGAAGAUUAUGUACAAAUUUCAGUGCCUAUUUACUGUACAUUUGCUAAGAAUCGGUAACUAUAUUUCAGUGUCUGAUGAAUUCAGACACAUUAUUAUACAUAAUCUUUAUUAUUCUCUACUAAAUACGUGUUCACUAGUAGAAUAUGUAGCUCUUGACAUAGCUUAGGCUGCGCGACGUGAACUCGGUUUCUGAUAUGUAAAUAUGUUCUCAGUUAAGGCUAUUGGUGUUAAGCUAACUCCCUAUUAAGUACACAUGCCUAAUAUUUUUAAUGAAUAUAUAUUUUUCAGGUAUAAUGCUAUU